AAACCGAAUCUGACAUCACUACCUAGCAGUUUGUGUAGCUAGCAAAGUGGUUUGUUCUUGGGGUAACAGAGGAGGAAAUUGCUCCCUGUCUGAUAAGACAACAGCAGAGAAAGGACGCAUGCUGUUUCAUAGGAAUACAGCUGAUUUCCAGAUAUGACCAUGUAUUUGUGGCUUAAACUUUUGGCAUUUGGCUUUGCCUUUCUGGAUACAGGCGUGUUUGUUACAGGAGAAGAAAGUCCUGGACUGAACUCAACAGAAAAGCCCAGUGUUCUGGCUCCAAGCGACCCCUUACCUGCCCGCACCACUGCAUUCUCACUUACAAGCAUCUCUGAAAGAGAAUAUAACUCCUCAGAGACCACGCCUACUCUUAGUCCAGACAAUCCUUCAACUGAAGACUUCCUGAACUCUUUGGAUAAUGCUAAUACUCUUAAUGUGACAGGAGUUACACAGCCGCCUCCCUUCCCCACGCACGCAGACUCGCAGGCGCCCUCUGCCGGAUCUGACACGCAGACACCUAGCAGCACUGCUAUCCCUCCCGCACUCACCCCUGCUCCGGGGAAGAAUGACACAUCAGGUUUUCCAGGAGAGACGAUUCCACCCAGCACCUUCCCUGCAGACACAGCUUUCACACCAGUAGCGACCCUCAGCCCCGCACUCAGCAGCUCUGCUGCCCUACCCUCACUCAUCUCCAGCAUCACCACCAAAGAUAACUCCUCAGAUCAGAGUCUUACGUCCACGUCACCCGCAACAAGCAUUAUGACUGCUUCCGAAACAGUUCCUACUACACCUAAGCAAUCAUGUGAUGAGAAAUAUAAAGGUAUCAGUGUGAAAUAUCGUUAUGACUAUGGAAAUAAUUCAUUUAUAGCAAAACUAAAUGUUAGCGAUGAUGUGAAGUGUGAAAAUGCCAUAUGUGAAAUGAAUGAGAUCCAUAACCUACCAGCAUGUGAAAAUAAGAAUGUUACUAUCAGUCAUACUUCUUGUGAUCCUCCAAAUAAAAUUAUAGAAUUGGACGUACCACCAGAUCCUGAAAGUUUCUAUUUGAAAACUUGUACAGAGCCAACAAAAGCAAAUACUUCUAUUUGUUUAAGACUGGAAAAAAAGAAAAACUUUACUUGUGAGGAAAAAAAGAUUACACACGUACUUACUUGUGCUAACUUUUCUUCAUCUAAUAAGACCGAAACUUAUUUGGAACCCCUUUCACCUAAACAAAAUUAUUCCUGUAAUUUAAAAGUAUCGUAUGGGGCCAAUGAGUUUUUGAACAAAAAUGAAACCUUUGAAACAGAUGUUGGAAGUCCAAAAGCACCUCCAAAUAUUACAUGCAAGUCUACAAACUCAACAGAAGCAAUGAUCACCUGGGAAAGCCCUGAAGAUUAUUUUGAUAAUUAUGUUUUUUGUUUGCUGCAUGCUUCAGGAGAAAACUGCACAGUUCUGGGUAAAGAGAAGACCGAACAUAAUUUGCAAAAUUUGAAACCUUAUACACAGUACAGUGUGUCAUUAAAGGCUUCCACCGUGGGAAAAGUACAACGUGAUGGACCUGCUGUGACAUGUGAAUUUCGAACACUUGAAGAUAAGCCAACCAAAGUCAGGCGCUUACUUGCUUCUCGGAUAUCAGAUAAUAGUAUUCUUGUGAAGUGUGAUCCUCCUUCGGACUUUAAAGGCCCCAGUAAUGGAUCCUACCAUAUGGAAGUCAAAACUGGAGAUGCCUUUGUUAAAAAUGAGUCACAAAAAACUUGCCACUUCCCUGUACUAUAUCUUCAAUAUUCAACAAAAUACGAAUUUAAGGUCUAUUACAACAACGGACGCCAUGAUGGAACUCCAGAAUCUGUUUUUCAUUCAACAUCUUAUAAUUCUAAAGCACUGAUUGCAUUUCUGGUAUUUCUGAUCAUUGUGACAUUCUUAGCCCUGCUUUUCGUUCUCUACAAAAUCUAUGACCUGCGCAACAGAAGGUCCAGUGAUAUAGAUGAACAGCAGGAACUUGUUGAAAGGGAUGAUGAAAAGCAACUGAUGAGUGUGGAGCCAAUCCAUGCAGAUAUUUUGUUGGAAACUUAUAAGAGGAAGAUUGCUGAUGAAGGAAGACUGUUUCUGGCUGAAUUUCAGAGCAUUCCACGGGUAUUUAGCAAGUUUUCCAUCAAGGAUGCUCGAAAACCCUUUAACCAGAACAAAAAUCGUUAUGUUGACAUCCUUCCUUAUGAUUACAACCGUGUUGAACUCUCUGAUAUAAAUGGAGAUGCAGGAUCAAAUUAUAUAAAUGCCAGCUAUAUUGACGGUUUCAAAGAACCCAGGAAAUACAUUGCUGCACAAGGUCCCAGGGAUGAAACUGUUGAUGAUUUCUGGAGGAUGAUCUGGGAACAGAAAGCCACAGUCAUUGUCAUGGUCACUCGAUGUGAAGAAGGAAACAGGAACAAGUGUGCCGAAUACUGGCCGUCAAUGGAAGAGGGCACACGGACUUUUGGAGAUGUUGUGGUAAAGAUCACCGAGUACAAAAGGUGUCCAGAUUAUAUCAUUCAGAAGUUGAACAUUACAAACAAAAAAGAAAAAGCAACCGGAAGAGAGGUGACUCACAUUCAGUUCACCAGCUGGCCUGACCACGGGGUUCCUGAGGAUCCUCACCUGCUCCUCAAGCUGAGAAGGAGAGUGAACGCUUUCAGCAACUUCUUCAGUGGCCCCAUUGUGGUGCACUGCAGUGCUGGUGUUGGACGCACAGGCACUUAUAUUGGAAUUGACGCCAUGCUAGAAGGCCUGGAGGCAGAGAACAAAGUGGACGUUUAUGGUUAUGUCGUCAAGCUAAGGCGACAGAGGUGCCUGAUGGUUCAAGUGGAGGCACAGUAUAUCUUGAUCCACCAGGCCUUGGUGGAAUACAACCAAUUUGGGGAAACAGAAGUGAGUUUGUCUGAAUUACAUCCAUAUCUACUUAACAUGAAGAAAAGAGAUCCCCCCAGUGAGCCGUCUCCCCUAGAGGCUGAAUUCCAGAGACUUCCCUCAUAUAGGAGCUGGAGGACACAGCACAUUGGAAAUCAAGAACAAAAUAAAAGUAAAAACAGGAAUUCUAACAUCAUUCCAUAUGACUUUAACAGAGUGCCACUUAAACAUGAACUAGAGAUGAGCAAAGAGAGUGAGCAUGAUUCAGAGGAAUCUUCUGAUGAUGACAGUGACUCAGAGGAAACAAGUAAAUACAUCAAUGCGUCAUUUAUAAUGAGUUACUGGAAACCUGAAGUGAUGAUUGCUGCUCAGGGACCACUAAAAGAGACCAUUGGUGACUUUUGGCAGAUGAUAUUCCAAAGAAAAGUCAAAGUUAUUGUUAUGCUGACAGGGCUGAAGAAUGGAGACCAGGAAGUCUGUGCUCAGUACUGGGGAGAAGGAAAGCAGACAUAUGGAGAUAUACAAGUUGAUAUGAAAGACACCAACCAAUCUUCAGCUUAUACCCUCCGUGUAUUUGAACUGAGACAUUCCAAGAGGAAAGAUUUUCGGACUGUGUACCAGUACCAGUAUAAUAACUGGAAUGUGGAUGAGCUUCCUCCAGAACCCAAAGAAUUAAUCUCUAUGAUUCAGAUUCUCAAAGAAAAACUUCCCAAGAAGAAUUCCACUGAAGGAACUAAGCAUCACAAGAAUGUGCCUCUCCUCAUUCACUGCGGAGAUGGAUCUCAGCAAACAGGACUGUUUUGUGCUUUGUUAAAUCUCUUGGAAAGUGCAGAAACAGAAGAAGUGAUAGAUGUUUUUCAAGUAGUAAAAUCUCUGCGCAGAGCUAGACCAGGAAUGGUUCCCACAUUUGAGCAAUACCAACUCCUAUACGAUAUCAUCGCUAGUGCCUAUCCUGCCCAGAAUGGACAAAUAAAGAAAAGCAACAAUCAAGAAGAUAAAAUUGAAUUUGAUAAUGAAUUGGACAAAGCAAAACAGGAUGCUAAUUGUGUUAGUUCACCUGAUGCCCUUGAUAAGGCCAGUGAAGGAAAUAAAGAAGAUGAAGGUGCUAAAGUCACAAGUAGCCCUGAGGAGCCAGAACAUUCCGCCAAUGGUCCUGCGAGUCCAGGUUUAACUCAAAGUGCAUAGGAAAAGAUGUAUACAGGACUCAUUGUGUUGUGUGAUUUCUAUUUUUCUAGGAGUAGGAUGGCAAAAUAGAUAAACAGUGGAUUAAUGAAGUGCAUUGGACCAAUAUUUGUGAGAAGUUUCUAUUUUGCUACAGUAGAAACAUAUUUAAGAUAGUUUUGCUAAAAUGUUUUGUACAGUCUUUUGCAUAUGUUAAAAUUUUACCCACGAUUAAGCAAAAAAUAACGUCUUUGUAGACUUAGAUUGUGUGUGUGUGUGUGUGUGUGUGUGUGUGAGAGAGAGAGAGAGAGAGAGAGACAGAGACAGAGACAGAGACAGAGAGAAACAGAGAUGGCAACAGGAAAGGGAGAGAGGAUGCUUUUAAGUGAAUUUAAGUGCUUUUGAGAAACCUUGCCUUUUUUUGUAGAAAAAACCCAUUUUAUGUUGAACAUAUUAACUUAGCUUAAAGGACCUAUUUUUUAAAUCAUAAAUUGUGUGUGGGAUCUAAGAAUAAAAUGUACAUUUCUGAAACGACCUCAAGAUGUCCUCCUUGUUCUACUCAUAUAAAUCUUAUAGUUUACUAUUUUACUUCUAGAAAUAGACAUAAAAGUAGUGUGUUUGUGUGUGUGUGUGUGUGUGUGUGUGUGUGUUUGUGUAGUUACUACAAGAAAGUUAACUAUAUUAACAUUUGGAAAUCUUACAUUCCAUAUGUUGGCAUUUAGUCCCUAUCUUUCAAGCUCAUUUAAUCUAAUUUAAAAUUUUCAAGCAAGCCUAUCUUGUUAUACUCACAUGGUGUUUAUAAUUUUGCAGUAAUCUCUGUAUAAUAUGUGAAAUUCAUUGCUUGAUACUUUUGACCAAAAAUUAUGUGUGUUGCAGUUGAAUUUAAAUAAACAUCUUUAAACAAAUGCAAUAGAUAUUAAUAUUCAUAGGAUAAAAAUAGAAUUAUGCAAAUGUAUUUGUGUGAAAUAUUUACAUUUGAAACCUAAUCUAGCUAUUUUUAUGGAAUGCAAUCCCGAUAUGAGAAAUGUAAUAUUGCACAUGCAUAUUUUCCAUGCUAAAGUUUAUCCUUGGCUUUCACCCAAGUACAUUUACUUUGAUUUUACCCAUUCUAUUUUACUUUAUUUUAAUUCCAGUAUAGUUAACAUAUAGUCUUGUAUUAGUUUCAGGUGUACAAUAUAGUGAUUCAACAAUCCCAUACAUCACCCAGUGCUCAUCACAACAGAAGUGAUUUGCUUUGAAUUUCUCAAAUGCUUAGACUACAAUAGCCAAAUUAUGGAAAGAGCCCAAGUGUCCAUUGAUUUAUGAAUGGAUAAAGAAUAUGUGAUAUAUAUACACAAUGGAGCAUUACUCAGCAUUAAAAAAGAAUGAAAUCUUGCCAUUUGCAAUGACUUGGGUGGAGCUAGAGAGUAUUAUGCUAAGAAAAAUAAGUCAAUCAGAGAAAGACAAAUACCAUGAUUUCACUCAUACGUGGAAUUUAGGAAGCAAAACAAAUGAGCAGAGGGGAAAAAAAAAGAGAAAGAGAAAGAGAGAGACAAAGCAAGAAACAGACUCUUAGCUACAGAGACCAAACUGACGGUUACUAGAGGGGAGGUGGGUGUGGGCAUGGGUUAAAUAGGUGAUGGGUAUUAAGGAGGGCACUUGUCAUGAUGAGCACAGGGUGAUGUAUGGAAGUGAAUCACUAUAUUGUACACCUGAAACGAAUAUUACACUGUAUAUUAACUAACUGGAAUGUAAAUAAAAAUUUAAAAAAUUCUUAGACUGCUUUUACCAGAGAUUGACAUCAAUAAUCAUAAUAAAAUCCAAUCAUUAUAUUUUCUUAUAUGUAACAUAUUGUGUUACAUGUUCAUAUAUGAACCAUGUAAGCACAUACUAAAAUAUAAGCUUAAUGCAAUGAACAUUUGUACAGCAAUGUCACAGGUCUCAAUUGCUUUAAAAGAUCCAUGGUCUAACAAUUGCUUAGGAUCUAUAAAAAAAUUAAGAAAAAUGGUAUUUUUCAAAAAAUAAUGAAGAACACUGUUUUUGGUGAAUUCUGCAUCAGCAUAUUACAUUAAUUCCACUACCUUUAGGUUGGCUCGGUUUUCUGUAUCUUCUCUCUCCUGACUGAUUUUAAGUGUCUUAACUAUACAUCAUCAGUUGCUUUCCAUUCAACUCAAUUUAUCUUAUGUUCAUCUUUCUAAUUCUUUUAUUGGACAUGUGAAAUUAGGAAUCAAUUCUUACAUUAUUGGAUAGUACCUUGUUAACUAUGAGAAGAGGUGAAUUUUAGAAUGAAACAAUAGUUUCUAAUUUAUACUGAGUUUAUUUACUGUCUCCUUACUUAUUAAUAAGAAAAGGGGGUUGAGAAGCAUCCAUUAUGGGCAACAGAAAGAAAUAAAGCUUGCUUUCACUUCUUUAAUCAAUCACCCAGAGGGGCACCUGGGUGGCUCAGUCGGUUAAGCGGCCGACUUCAGCUCAGGUCAUGAUCUCGCGGUGGGUGAGUUCGAACCCCGCGUCGGGCUCUGUGCUGAUAGCUCAGAGCCUGGAGCCUGCUUCCGAUUCUGUGUCUCCCUCUCCCUGACCCUCCCCCGUUCAUACUCUGUCCUCUCUCUGUCUCAAAAAUAAAUAAACGUUAAAAAAAAAUUAAAAAAAAAAUUAAUCACCCAGACUUUUAUACCUUGGUUUCUCCAACUGAAAUGUGAUCAGUUGCCAUUUACUAGAUAAUGUUAAAAUUCACAGUUUUAAUAUGCGGUAGACUGGUGUUAACUGUGAUUAUUUAUCUGUGAGCUGCUUCAAAAUACAAACAGCAAAAGUUCUGAAUUUUAAAUAGUCUACAGGUAAAGUUUUCCUCUGAGGUUUCAGCUGCAAGUGACAUCUUCCAAAUGUAGAUGCUGUGUAUUUUUAAUGUGUAUUUUCCACUUGAGUCCAUCCUUUUGAGAAGAUAACAAAAUAAAUAGUUAGAAAAUAGAUCCAUGGUAGUUUCUAUUAGUUUAAAAAGCGAGUUGGAAACUUUUUUGUUUUCUUCUUCAAGUGAGAAGUUGUGGUAAAGGGAGAGAUAGACUAGGAGGUCAGAAGGCCCACUAAAUUUGAGAAUGUAUACCAGUCAGAAGGUAGGGCUCACUGCAUUAGAACAUAGAAUUAUAUGUCUAUGAUUUUUAUUUGAAAAAAAAUAAUGUGUGAAUUAUAGACUCAUGUCUAUGACUACCGGUUGCGUUCCUAGAGAAUCUACCAUGAGAUAGAAAAGACUCAUUUUCUAAAGUUUGGUACUGCCAUUAGUAAUUCCAAGAUCUAGUUAGAAAAAUUGAGUGCAAAGUUCCAAUUUAAUAAAAUCUGGUCCAUUUUAGGGACAGGGCUGUGGAUCCCGUUUUAUAUUUAUUGGGCUAAAAGAGACUAGGUUAUGUUUCUUUUAAAGUUUAUUUUAUUUCUGGUACCAGGAAUCAUUGGAAAUAAAAGAUACGUUUACUGUUCUUAAAACUCAGUUCCCAAGGUGCACCUGGGUGGCUCAGCUAUUAAGUGUUCGACUCUUAAUUUCAGCUCAGGUCAUGAUCUCACCAUUCAUAAUAUCGAGUCCUGUGUCAGGCUCUGUGUUGACAGCGUGGAGCCUGCUUGGUAUUUUCUCUCUUCCUCUCUGCCUCUUACCAACUUGUGCUCUCUCUCUUUCUCUUAAAUUAAAUAAACACACAAAAAAAAAUCUUUUAAAAAAUUGAGCUCCCAAAUUAUUAACGUUUUACAGUGAUAAAUAUUUUCAGCCAAGAGAUAUACGUUUUAAUAGUCCCUUGAAAUUGUAAAACUGUGUGUAGUGAUUAGCUGAAUGUCUUUGCAAUGGUAAUUUUAGAAGUGUAAGCUUCUACCCAAAACUCCAAUACAUGUACAGUGAAAUUUUCAUAUCUUUUUUUUUCUUUUUUUAACGUUUAUUUAUUUUUGAGACAGAGAGAGACAGAGCAUGAAUGGGGGAGGGUCAGAGAGAGGGAGACACAGAAUCUGAAACAGGCUCCGGGCUCUGAGCUGUCAGCACAGGGGCCCAAUGCGGGGCUCGAACUCACGGACCACGAGAUCAUGACCUGAGCCGAAGUCGGCGCUCAACCGACUGAGCCACCCAGGCGCCCUUGAAAUUUUCAUAUCUAAUUUUGCUAAAAAACCACAAAAUAUAAAGUUUAUUAUUUCUUUUAACUAACUAGGACUGAUCUUAAUUUUUACUUUACACUGGAGAUUUGUUAUAAAAUGUUCUCAUUGAACUAUAUUAGGUCAAAAUAAAUGGGUGGUAAUUGUCCCUGCUUAAUUGUAACAUAUUCCUUGAUAUGAAGACUUCCACAUGUACAACUUCAAAGGAAACAUAUAUUUGUUGAAAUAAGUAGAAAAGGCUGUGCUUUCAUUCUCUUAUACAAAUUUUACAACUGGAACAAUCUGAAAGGUUCUUCCAGAAGACACAUUCAGAACUCAGCUCUUUCAUUUCCAAUUUCAGGUGAAAAGAUUAAUUUUGCUAAGGGUCCAUUUUCUGUAAUCAUUCUUCAGUAAACUUCUUAACAUUCCUCUCUACAUUUUCUUGGCAAAUGCAUUGGCUUUUUUGUUUGUUUGUUUUGUUUUUGUUUUUUGUUUUUUUGUUUGGUUGGUUGGUUCACUACUAGCCCAAAGGAUAUUCAUGCUAUGUCAUUACUUUUAACCAAAAAAAUAAAAAAUAUUGUAAUAACUAAUGUUUAUUGAGGCAUAAUACACGCCUGGUAUUUUAUUAAUUGCUUUACCCUCAUUUGUUUGCCAAGAAAAAUUCUAUAGAGCACAGACUCUUAGUAUCUCCAUUUUACAUUUUAUAGGCAAGAAACUGUCUAUAAACUUUAGAAAAGUUUUCUAAACUUUAGAAAAGUUUGGUACCUGGCCUGUUGUAACACAUCUAGUGAGUGACAGACCCAGGAUUUGAAGCAGCUCUUACUGGCACCAUAGGCUAUGUUCAUAACCUUUUGCUCUUCUGGCUCUGAGUAUCAACUUGGUUUGUGUGUUUUGAAAAAUUAGUGAAGAAAAUAAUCUGAAUUUAUUUUCUGUCUUUUCUUUAGCCAUGAUUAAAAUGAAAACAAAAACAAAACCACGUGUAACAUACACUCAACAACACUUCACAACAUAGUAAGCUUAGCUGAACUCAUAACAUUGAAAUUAUUAUACAAAAUAAACACGCUCUUAAACAUCCAUGGGAAAGGAUUGUUCUCAUAGUACAUAUAAACAAAGAUCACCUCAUCGCUAAAGUGAGUGCCAGGAAAUAAAACACAACAAUAAAUCACAAAUGUCACUGUUCCAUUGUCCUUCGAUUUGGUAAUCAGAACAAGUUCUUACUGUUUGGAUCACAUUUCAGUGUGUUUGUCAGAGGACCCAUCAAUCAGUAUUUGAAACAAGUUAACAGGGCACCAUAAAAUCCAAACCACAUUUAUGGAGAGUAUGACUCAUUCACUCUCUCUGGUAAGUGAGUCCAAGGGAGCUUGGUUCUUCUGACCCAGCUGUCCCCAAACUUAGAAUGCCAGGUAACUGGAAAUGGAUUUUCCAUGUGAAAUCACACAUGCAUUUCCCUCUAGAAAAACCAGUGCUUUCUUGGUUCAUAUACACCUUCUUCCCAUAAUAAAAGUGGGACCUCUGGUAUACAUAUUUAAUUUUCCAAGAAAGGAGGACUUAUUGGGUUCAUUAAUAUUCUCGUAUACAGCAGGCAAAUCAGAUCUAUAGAGGCAGAUGAACCAUCAAAAAGUAUAAGCAUUGUCUUGAAUUCUUAUGGUUGUGUAAUCUUUUGCAUACAUACCCUAAGAAGGGGGGACAAAAUGUGGCACUAGAAAAGGAACCAAUCUGCCCAUUAUUAAGACCUGGAAUGAAAAGUAGGAUAGUAUCAGGAUACCCACAGAACCUGUCCGUCCCACUGGUUGACAUAGGCUCAAAGCUAGGGUUUCCUGGUGGUAUACUUGGGUAACUGUGUACUGUGAAUUUUUACUGGUAAUCAAUAAUUCAGAUAUUUCAUUAACUCAGAUGGUAUUAUCCCUCACGAAUUACAUUUCAUGGAUUUUGUUAUGUGUUAUAAGUUAUAAAAAAGAAAGGAGAGAAAUGAAUUAUUAUAUUUAUAAGAAAUUCACAGGUAGUAAAUCCUUUUAUAAAGGAGUUCCCACUGAUAUUUAAUUGUUUGCUUUCAGGGAUGGUAAAUAUGCAGAAGAUUUAAUACCAUAAAUUUGGAUUUUUUUUCAUAAUUAACAGAAAUAAAAAACUAAA